ACUUUGUCCUGGGUAACGCCCAGGUACAGUCCCUCUACCCCAUCGUCUACUGUUCGGAUGGCUUCUGUGAGCUGACCGGCUACGCCCGUGCCGAACUGAUGCAGAAGAGCUGCGCAUGUCAUUUCCUGUAUGGGCCGGAGACCAGCGACCAGCUGACGGCGAAGAUCCAGGGGGCAUUGGACGACAGGGGGGAAUUUAAGAGUGAGCUGGUGUUCUACAAGAAGGGAGGUACCCAGUUCUGGUGUCUGCUGGACAUCGUGCCCAUUAAGAAUGAGAAGGGAGAGGUGGUGCUGUUUCUGGUGUCCCACAAGGACAUCACUGACAACAAGAAGGACCAGGACCCAGAGCAAGGCCCAGAGACUGAUGAGGAAACGGGUCUGGAAGUGCACAAGGUCACCCGUCCCCCAGGCUUCAACACCAACCGCAGACGCAGCCGGGCAGUGCUCUACCACCUGUCUGGACACCUGCAGAAACAGGACAAGAGCAAGAUCAAACUCAACAAUAACAUGUUUGGGGACAAGCCACCCAUCCCAGAGUACAAGGUGGCAGCCAUUCAGAAGUCCCGAUUCAUCUUGCUCCACUACGGGACCUUCAAGGCAGGCUGGGAUUGGCUAAUCCUGCUGGCUACCUUCUAUGUGGCAGUCACGGUGCCCUAUAAUGUGUGUUUCACUGUGGUGGGGGGGCGGGACGAAGGGAGCUCUGCCCCCCGCAGCCCCCCCAGUGUGAGUGACAUCCUAGUGGAGAUCCUCUUCAUGCUAGAUAUUGCAUUGAACUUUCGGACAACCUUUGUGAGCACGUCGGGCCAGGUGGUGUAUGAUGCCCGUUCCAUAUGUGUGCACUACGUCACCACCUGGCUGUUUGUUGACCUCAUCGCUGCCUUGCCCUUUGACCUGCUCUAUGCCUUUAACGUCAGCGUGUACUUUGGGGUCCACCUGCUGAAGACAGUGCGGUUGCUGCGCCUGCUGAGGCUGCUACAGAAGCUGGAGCGUUACUCCCAGUACAGUGCUGUAGUCCUCACCCUGCUCAUGUCCAUGUUCGCCCUGCUGGCCCACUGGAUGGCCUGCGUCUGGUACUUCAUCGGACGCAGAGAGAUCGAAAACAGCCCCAACUCCUGGGACAUCGGUUGGCUCCACGAGUUGGGAAAGCGUCUGGGCACCCCUUACUUCCUGUCUCCCCUUGCUAGUGGGGGUCCAUCAGUGAGGAGCUCCUACGUGACGUCUCUGUACUUCGCUCUGAGCAGUCUGACCAGCGUGGGCUUCGGAAACGUCUCAGCCAACACAGACUCAGAGAAGAUCUUCUCCAUCUGCACCAUGCUCAUAGGAGCCCUGAUGCAUGCGGUGGUGUUUGGUAACGUGACUGCCAUCAUUCAGAGGAUGUACUCUCGGCGAUCCCUCUACCACACCCGUACCAAGGACCUGAAGGACUUCAUCAGGGUCCACCGCCUGCCCAAAGCCCUGGAGCAACGUAUGCUGGAGUGCUUCCAGACAACCUGGUCUGUUAACAAUGGCAUCGACGUCAGCGAGUUGUUGAAGGACUUCCCAGACGAGUUGAGGGCGGACAUCGCCAUGCACCUGAAUAAGGAGCUGCUUCAGCUGCCGCUGUUUGAGUCGGCCAGUAGGGGGUGUCUGCGCUCCCUGUCCCUCAUCAUCAAGACGUCGUUUUGCGCCCCGGGAGAGUUCCUCAUCCGCCAGGGAGACGCCCUGCAGGCCAUCUACUUUGUCUGCUCCGGGUCCAUGGAGGUGCUGAAGGACAACACUGUGCUGGCUAUACUAGGGAAAGGGGACUUGAUCGGCAGUGAUUCUCUGACCAAGGAGCAGGUGAUUAAGACCAAUGCCAACGUGAAGGCCCUGACCUACUGUGACCUGCAGUACAUCAGUCUGAAGGGGCUGAGGGAGGUGCUGAGGCUCUACCCAGAGUAUGCUCAGAAGUUCAUCUCCGAGAUACAACACGACCUCACAUACAAUCUCAGAGAGGGCCACGGAGCUGACGUUGACUGGGAGAGUAACGGAGGCCUGGUGAAGAAGCUUUCUUCCAUUAAGGAGGAUGAGGAGGGUGAUGAAGAACAGAGCUCUGUAUCGUGUGCCCCCCGUUCCCCUUUACGUCUCACCAGGGUUCUUAACUCACCCCUGCGCUCCCCCCUGCUGCCCCCUCGGCCCUUCCGCCCCCUCAGAACACACCCGCCCCGCCACCCUGCAGAUACCUGUGGUCAGCUUCAGCAGCGCACCGCUGGAGCUUAGUCCCAGGUUUGUGGAUGGUAUUGAGACAGAGAGAAAUGUGAACUCAACCCAAAAGUUUGAGUUUAGCUCCAGUCUUCUACACAGUGGUCCACCAUCCCCAGGACUAGGGAUCCAGGAGCAGUC